AACAUGUCCCGUCCAAGGUUGCAAAGAAUGCUAGCUACGUUAGUCACUUCCACGUUUUCCAUUCCCUUAAGAGUGAUUUAUGUUUGAACAGGAAUUGCAAACAUGGACACCAGGUCAUCAGGAAAGAUUGGUCUGUUCACCAUCGCCUACUAUGUUUCCACAACCGUCAUAGCUAUCCUGGUAGGCUUUGCCCUGGUGUUCAUUAUCAAACCUGGAUUACAUGGUACACUGGCGUCAUCUGACACGCAGUCUGACGACUUUCAUGCUCCCUCGACAGUUGACAUGUUUCAUGAUCUCAUCAAAAAUCUGUUUCCAGACAAUAUCGUCAGUGCUGCAAUUCAAAGCACAUACACGUUAUAUGUCAAGGAAGAGUUCAUCGAUGUCGAGAAAGAAUCUCCUGAGAAAUCCAUGCACCAGAAUGUAACAAACACGUUCUACAGGGAGAGUAACUCAACACCUCUGGUGGAACCUGACGGGGGAAAUACUACAGAUCAAAGUAGUUCCAUUUGGACAGCCAAAGCCGUCUACAAACCAGGGCUUAAUAUUCUUGGUAUAUUGGUGUAUUGUGCAGUUUUUGGAGCGAUGCUUGGUAAACUGGGACAUAAAGGUCGGGUCGUCUUCAAGUUCUUUGAGGUACUGAAUGAGAUCACGAUGGGCAUGGUGCGCAUCGUCAUGUGGUUCUCGCCCCUUGGCAUUCUAUCCCUCAUCACUGGAAAGAUCCUGAGUGUGUCCGACCUCGCUGGGAUGGUUUAUCGCCUGUGGAUGUUCAUAGCCACAUGCAUCACCGGUCUCUUCGUGCAGAGUGUUGUGAUUAUACCGCUGAUAUACCUCAUCCUGACACGGAAGAACCCUUUCAGGGUGUCACUGGGAAUAGUGCAUGCUCUUCUGACAGCACUGGGCACCGAUUCCAGUGCUGUGACACUUCCAGUUACCAUUGAAUGUUGUGAGAAGAACCUUAAGAUAGGCAGGACCAUCAGUCGGUUCGUGCUGCCUAUUGGUGCUACAAUCAACAUGGAUGGAGCUGCCAUCUUUCAAGUCGUAACUCCAGUUUACAUAGCACAGCUCAGUGGAGUGCAUCUAUCCAUACUUGACAUUCUGGCUCUUGGUCUGUCAGCCACGCUUGCUAGUAUUGGGGCCGCUGCAGUACCUGGUUCUGUCAUAGCUAUCAUCAUGACGUUUCUAAUGUCUAUGGGACUACCAACAAACGAACUCUACAUAAUUUUGGCUAUGGAUUGGUUUCUGGGGCGACUGAGAACUGUAACUAAUGUGAAUGGAGACUGCAUGGCCGCCGCGCUUCUCCAGCACUUCUUCAAUCAAGAUGGCAACAAUGGUCCGACGUCUGAGAAUAAUCCUCUCCGAGAAGACGAGGGACAAUUAGAGACGAUUCAAUCUUUUGUAUAGAACUUGGAGUUUUGUCUGAGUGUACAGUUUCAUUAUUCAUUGGAAAGUCGUUUCCCCCAAUGACGUUAUUUUGCCGCUGGAAGACAAGAAGCGUAAAUCUGCAUUUCCCAUCUCAUGACGAGGCUAAGAUAACAUUGAUUGUGUUGUCUUCUAUCUGAACACGUUUGGGGUCUGAACAUAUGAAAUGAGCUAUUUGCUCACAUUAAACGUUACCAAGACUCAACAUGGAAACAUGUUUAGGGGGCGGUCGGGUAGCCUAGUGGUUAAAGCGUUCGCUCGUCACGCCGAAGACCCAGGUUCGAUUCCUGACAUGGAUACAAUGUGUGAAGUUCAUUUCUGGUGUCCGCCGCCGUGAUAUUGCUGGAAUAUUGCUAAAAGCGGCGUAAGAUCAUACUCGCUCACUCGCUAAACAUGUUUUGACCCUAAAUUAUGGGACAAAGAAAGGUUUGUGUUUUUGUCAGUCUACAUCGCUAAAGAAAAGAAUAGAGAAACUGUAUGUAAUGCACACAUCAUGAAAAGGGGGAUUAUGAUGUCGAAGUGACACGUUUUUAUUACUUUAUCACAGCAAUGCUUGUUCUCUUGUUUUCACGUAUAACAAUAAAAGGAAGUGAG